AUGUUCGUAGACUCGGUCAGCUUCUUCGAUGACUUCGUCGAUAUAGCAUAUACUCAGCUCCUUUUAGAGUUAAGGGACUUUCCGAAAGCUAUAUCUCGUGAUAGUGCGAAUGAUCUUAUGCGACUAUGCGUCACGGCUCUCGCAAACUGUGUAAACCUCGUUUCCUGCACAUGGACAAGAGACGGUUCGCUCAAGGACGAUAUUCUGGAAGCUCUAUCUCGGUGUCCGUCUCUAGAAGCUCUAGAGUUCAACGGAAGGCAUGUGCGCAACUACGAUCCCUCCCUGCUCAAUAACUUUAAGAAGCUGAGAAGGUUGAGGGUUAUUAUGCCGAGCUCGGAGGUCAUACAUGCAUUACCAGACUGCUUUGAGAGAAAUUUCGGGACAUUGCAGGAACUGACUAUCAUUUGCAAGUUUACUCCUGUUGUCACAGAUAGCUGGUUGCUAUCGAGAGCUCCUUCGUUGUCUCGUCUCAGGAAACUUCAUCUUGCUGGCUGCCCGAAAGUCACUCAUCGUGGUAUUACCCUUCUUCUGAACGGGAACACUGUUGGUAUUACGGAUCUUGCUCUUGAGGGAGUCUCUCCGGCUUUCAACAUGAAAGACUUUGCAGCUUCAAGUUCGCAUCUAUUAUCGCACCUCACCUCCAUAACGCUGACAUUCCCUGUCGCUGGUGUCUCCCUUCCCUGGCUAAACGAUGUUGAGGCGCUUCUUUUCGACGCACUUUCUCUCGAGCAAUUUCAUCUAUAUGCUUCUGGCGACCAGCUUCCAAGACCCGUCUCUCUCGAUACUGAAUUCGUGAAGCGAUUCAUUGGAAGGCAUAAAGAGACAUUGACUCGCUUUGCGGUGCUCCGCUUGCCUGUGAGUAUCGAAGCAUUAGAUUAUGUCAUGAAGGAUGCGGAGAAACUUGAGCAAUUGUUUGCGAGUGUUUGGAGGAAUGAUUUGAAUAAGCUCGGUCCAAUCAUUGCGCAAUCCAACACGCUACGGACAGUGCAUAUAACGUACGCUUACAACACUCUGGCAAGUCAAGGGAGAACAAAUCCUUCCACUUUGAGUUCCGUAAUUAAUCGUAUCGCGUUACCUCUAAGGAAUGAAAUGCAUUCGCAUGCUCGACUCAUGCACGAAGAUGACAACGAAGACGAGGACGACCUUUUCUUAGCACAUAUGGAAUCAGAUUUGGAGUCUUUGUCUUUAGAACAUCAACAGCCAGUGGGAAGGACACAGACGCAAGGUCCUUGGCCGACAAUGGCGGAAUUGGAAGAGCUCGCUGGUCAGUUUGGCGUAAAUGUGACGCAAUUUGGUGUACAGACGCGUGUUUGGCAGGUCGAACGGAUCUUCACUAAUGAGGACGACGAAUCUGGUGGCCGUCCAUGUCGAAGAGUUAGGCUGGCGCCGUAUGAGAGUCCGGACGUGCCUGACGUAUUCCUAGUCGUGCGGACGUGA